AUGGAUCCACUACCGCUGUGUUCAGAUAAUCCAAACUACUUUAACGAAGAUGCCGCGUCCGGUCCGGGUGAACCGCCGGAGGUGGAGCAGAAGAAGCACCGAUUCUACCAUCUAAAGCGCCUGGUGACCUACUCGAAGCUGAAACGCACCGCCACGAUCGCGGACGGCCGGGCAGGGGCCGCAGAGUACGCAGAUUCGUCACCGCCCGUCCGUGGCCCCACCACCAUCUUUCGCUACCGGAGCAACAGUGCGUCAUGUACGGGCGGUACGCUCACCGUGCCGGACGGACCGAUCCUGGAGGAUGGUGCACCGCGUCCCAUGCUGGCCGCCGCAUCACCACCGGCGCUGUCACUGCCGUUUGCCAGUGGACGGUCGGGGACGUUGCCGGAGCGGCGCCGACAUUCCUUCGGGACGUCGACUCAUCAUCGCCUACAGCUACAGCCGACGCAACAACAGCAUCCGCAGCAGUUGGAGCACAAUGGUGGCCGCGAACUGAUGAUGAAAAAUGAAACCUCCAUCGAUGAGGUGCCCAACUCUCCGGCCCCGAAAGCACCCUGCCAGCCGGCUGGCAACACAUCCGAUUCCGGAACGCUGCCGGCGGCUGCGAUGGACGUGCUGUUCGUGACGGCGCGCCAUAGCGAACAUGGUAUGCUGUGGGUGAACCAUCUGAAGGUGUGCUUCGACAAGAUCACCAAACAGCGCGGAAGGCUUCCGUUCAAAUUCCUGCACAUCAAACUGGACGAAGAUGUGGUACAGCAAUCCACGCACGUAAUACAGCAGUGUGAAUCUACGAAACUACAGAUCGUAGUCGUCUGUCCGGCAUUGAUGGGACUUUCGCCGUCCCUACUGCACACGAAGCUACACACGCUGCUAACACCGAACCGUGUCCUCGGCAUGCUGCUAGACGUGUCCGAAUGUGCGGUGAACGAAUUCGCAAAGACCGCCCUGCCGGGCUACCACCGCUGGCGAACCUGUCCAGUGCGCGAGAAGGACACAGCGUUCGUGAGCGAGCUGCUCGGCAUUGCGACCGACAUUCUCGGCAAGGCGCUACGUCAACAGACGGUCUUGCAGCGCACACCAUCCGGUGCGGAACCGAAGACGCCCACCUCACCGACCGGCCCAGCCGGUAGUCUGGGCGGUGCGGUGGGAAGCGCCGCUAACGGCCACCGUUCCCACGAGUCUUUCGUGCUGUUCCCGCGCAAGGUAAAGGUGGGCCAGAGCAAGAUCCUGCUGAUCCUGCACGAACCGCUCACGAAGGAGGACUGGAUAAAGAUCAAGGUGGAAAAGGCGGACCAAACGAUCGAGAUAACGAACAUCAAGCGGCGCAAUCCCUACACCAUACAGUUCAACGUGCCAGAGGUUUGUAUGGAGAUAUCGAUGAUGAUUAAGAUACGGCUGGAGAAGAAUAGCGUCGAUCUCGGCAGUCGGCCGCUCAAGUGUGAGAGCCAGAUGCGCGAGCUCGAACAGAUCCUGUCGUCGAAGGAUGCGCCGAUGGAGUUAAUCUGUCAGUCGGUCGGACUGUCGACGAACGAUCGGGACAAGCUUGAUCUGCUGCUGCUGAAGGCAUUCCUGCGCAAUGUACCACCGAACUACAACCUGCUCAACUACGGUAGCGGCGGCGGUGAGGUUGGCAUGGGGUGCCAUCGUGACAUCUAUCCCGAAGAGUAUCCGACACUGCUGCACUUCGCCGCCAGAUGGGGCCUGGAGCGGCUCUGCAUGCAGCUCAUCGAAUCGCCCGGCGGAGAGAUUGCGUGCGAGAUGCGCAAUAUCGGUGGAAGAACACCGUCGGACAUUGCGGAAGUGGCUGGACACUACAAAAUCUCGAGCGCAUUGAAGAAUUUCUCGCAAAUGAACGAACUUACCACGAUGUACCACUACUUCAAAGGCGUAAGUGGUACCAGUUCGGAUCAGGUGAUGAUACAACCGAAGCAGUUCGUUGCUGGCGGUGGUGCGUCUGUUCCCGCAGUGCGCACACAGAACAAAACGGACGCGGAGAAGAUUAUGUCCCACGUGCACGCACUCAAGCAAGCGGAAGGCUACAUCGACAUGAGUUGUGCAAACGGGUCCGAUCAGGUGGACGGUGGCGGGGCGAGCGUUGCCAACAUACACUACCUGAACGAUCGACCCGUGGCCGAGUUGACACCGCCGGGACCGGACGAGAAGGACGUUUGUGGCGAGAAUGAGCACAAUUUUGAUGUGGGCCGCGACACGGACCGACGCUGCAAUGGAUCGCUGCGGUCGAUGGAAUCGUCCGAACGGUCCAAGUACGACAUCUUCAGCAACGAGUGUUCGGAUCUGCUGGAAAACUGUGAGGCCGGAUCGACCGCAUCGGCGGAGUGCGUGGGCAGCGGUGACUACAUGCUGCAGCCCUCCAAUGCACCCUUCACACCGUGCGAGCGCACACCGACGCCACCACCACUACCGACCACAGCGGAACCGAUGGGCGAUUACAUGAUACAGCCGUCCAACAUACCGGUACACCCGUACUGCAACGUGCCGGAAGUGGUCGAUCGAACCGAACGCCCCGAAUCAGCAUCACACGUGCGGUUAAGCUUCCGCAAGGAGGAACCGUCCGAGGAUACGUACGGCACAACGACGGCCGGCUUACCGCGACGACGAAACACAUCCAGCUCCGAGGGACGCACCGUCGACGACGAGCUGCUGGAGAUCAUAUCCGACUUUAAGAACAACGUAUUCUCCAUACAGGAGGUGGAGCAGCUGGUGACGCUGUGGAAAAACCGCAACGAUGUGCAGAAAAGCUUCCGCGAAAAGCAGGACCAGCUGCAGCGAAUGCGUGAGCAUUACGAGCAAAUACAGAAGGAGCUGAAGGACAAACUGAAGCGUCCGACACCGUUCGAGCGUAUGAGGAGCUUCUUCUCGCGUACGAAACCCUCCCCAGUGGGUGGCAAAUCGGGAUCGAAGCAUCGGGGCGAAAAUGGGGCGGCAGCUGCAGGAGCAGCGGUUGGAAGCGGCGGUGGACUAAACGAGCCGACCGGCACUGAUGUGUGCGACGAGAUUAAGUUCUCCAUGGCCGGCGGGAGUAAUGGGGGGUAUGCGGUGGUGCGACCGCAAAGCCUCUCGCUCAGCAUGAACAGCAUGGGAAGCGACAAUUCAGAACAGAGCAGCGGGCGGAUGUCGGCCGGUGCGGUACACACGCCAACGGAGAGCACCAGCGAACGGCGCCUUUCGCACAGCAAAUCCUGGCCGAAGGGAACGCCCGAGAACGAAAACUACAUGAUACCACCGUCACCGCGGCCCAUCAGCGAAGAGCUGCAUCUGGUGCGGGGUGUGCGGUUGGGCAGCGGUACGCUCGUCGGUGCCCUCAACCGCUGCAGCAACGGUAGCUGUUCCAGUACCGCCAGCAGCCACAGCAACCACAGCACCCAUAGCACCAGCAGCAGCAGCAGCAGUGCGGGCUCGUGGGCUGGUGCGAAGCACGAGUCCCACUACGUAAUGUAUCCGUCGAAUGUGCCGGUGUUCGGGAGCGCGGCCGAGUACAUGAACGUACCGGCGGCACCCGGAACGCACACCAAAGAUGAUGAGCGUGGCGUCACGACGGCAGCGACACGACCGAAGCUUGGUCGUACGCCGAGCGAUACCGGUACGCCGCACCUCGUCACCUUCCAGUCGAUAAUGGAGUGUAACGAGAGCGCCGACAGUGUCGAAAGCGUCACCUAG